CGGCCGCCAAACAAAGGUACCAGUCGCCGCCGCGGGAGGAGGAGGAGCCGGCGCCUGAGCCGCGGCCGCCGCUGGACCGGCCGCCUUCUCUAUCUCUCCCCAGGCCUUGCCGCUUUUGGGUGGAAGAGGCGCGGGAGUGUGUCCGCGCGGCGCUGGGACCUCGGCUCCGCAGAGGUGCAGGUGACUCGGGGGUUCGCGAGGGGAUCGUCGUCCCAGAGGCACCAUGAAGGCCCUUGAUGAGCCUCCCUAUUUGACAGUGGGCACUGAUGUCAGCGCCAAAUACAGAGGAGCCUUUUGUGAAGCCAAGAUCAAGACAGCAAAAAGACUUGUCAAAGUCAAGGUGACUUUUAGACAUGAUUCUUCAACAGUGGAAGUUCAGGAUGAUCAUAUAAAGGGCCCACUAAAGGUGGGAGCCGUUGUGGAAGUGAAGAAUCUUGAUGGCACAUAUCAGGAAGCUGUUAUCAACAAACUGACAGAUGCGAGUUGGUAUACUGUAGUUUUUGAUGAUGGAGAUGAGAAGACCCUGAGGAGAUCUUCGCUGUGCCUGAAAGGAGAGAGGCAUUUUGCCGAGAGUGAAACCUUAGACCAGCUCCCACUCACCAACCCUGAGCAUUUUGGCACUCCUGUCAUAGGAAAGAAAACAAAUAGAGGAAGAAGAUCUAAUCAUGUCCCAGAGGAAGAGUCUUCAUCAUCCUCCAGUGAUGAAGAUGAAGAUGACAGGAAACAGACUGACGAGCUACUUGGCAAGGUUGUCUGUGUGGACUGCAUCAGUCUGGACAAGAAGAAGUCACUGUGGUUCCCAGCACUGGUUGUUUGUCCUGAUUGUAGUGAUGAGAUUGCUGUGAAAAAAGAUAAUAUUCUUGUUCGAUCUUUCAAAGAUGGCAAAUUCACUUCAGUCCCUAGAAAAGAUGUCCAUGAGAUCACCAGUGAUUCUGCACCAAAGCCUGAUGCCUUGUUAAAACAAGCCUUUGACCAGGCGCUUGAAUUCCACACAAGUAGAACUGUCCCUGCAAACUGGAAGACAGAGCUGAAAGAGGAUAGCUCUAGCAGUGAGGCAGAAGAGGAGGAAGAGGAGGAAGAUGAUGAAAAAGAGAAGGAAGAUAAUAGCAGUGAAGAAGAGGAAGAAAUAGAACCAUUUCCAGAAGAAAGGGAGAAUUUUCUUCAGCAGUUGUAUAAAUUUAUGGAAGAUAGAGGUACACCUAUUAACAAACGACCUGUACUUGGGUAUAGAAAUUUGAAUCUUUUCAAGUUAUUCAGACUUGUACACAAACUUGGGGGAUUUGAUAAUAUUGAAAGUGGAGCUGUUUGGAAGCAAGUCUAUCAAGAUCUUGGGAUCCCUGUCUUAAAUUCAGCUGCAGGAUAUAAUGUGAAAUGUGCUUAUAAAAAAUAUUUAUAUGGUUUUGAGGAGUAUUGUAGGUCAGCACACAUUGAAUUUCAGAUGGCAUUGCCAGAGAAAGUUCUUAACAAGCCAUGUAAAGAUUGUGAGAAUGUAAAAGAAAUAAAAGUUAAGGAAGAAAGUGAAACAGAGAUCAAAGAAAGCAGCACUGACGAGGACAAAGACGGGGUACUGAAUGAACAGAAGCCAGAGGACGGAAUGGAAGGAAAGGAGACUGUCAAACCUUCUUUGGGAGGUAAAAAAAGUAUAUUAGAGUCCACACCUGCCCUAUUUGAUCGAGAACAAGAAGCAUGCACAACAAAACUAGAAGAAAAGGAAAACCUGGAAGAUAAAGAUGACCACACAGCUAGGGUGGAGGACUGCCUGGGCAUCAAGGUAGAAGCUGAGGAAGAAAAAGCGAAAUCUGGAGAUGAAACGAAUAAAGAGGAUGAUGAAGAUGAUGAAGACAUAGAAGAGGAGGAGGAGGAGGAAGAGGACGAUGAGGAAGAUGAGGAGGACACCAAUGAGGCAGAGGAGUUUGACUGCUACCCAGCAGGCAUGAAAGUCCAAGUGCGGUACGGACGAGGGAAAAGUCAGAAAGUGUAUGACGCUAGCAUAAAAGACUCUGAUGUCGAAGGAGGAGAGGUCCUUUACUUGGUGCAUUACUGCGGAUGGAACGUGAGAUAUGAUGAAUGGAUUAAAGCAGAUAAAAUAGUAAGACCUGCUGAUAAAAAUGUGCCAAAGAUAAAACAUCGGAAGAAAAUAAAGAGCAUGCUGUGUAUGGACACAUCAUGGAAUAAACUAGACAAAGAAAAAGAUGAAAAAUACUCUCCUAAGAACUGUAAACUUAGACGCUUGUCAAAACCUCCAUUUCCAACGAAUCCAUCUCCUGAGAUGGUUUCCAAACUAGAUCUUGCUGAUGCCAAAAACUCUGAUAUGGCUCAUGUUAAGUCCAUAGAGAUUACUUCAAUCCUUAACGGACUUCAAGCUUCUGAAAGUUCUGCUGAGGAGAGUGAGCAGGAGGAGGAGAGAGGUGCUCAGGAUGCACACAGCUGUGGCCGAGAGGAGACAAAGGUGGACCAUUUGACACACACCCGAAAUGAACUUACUUCAAAGGAAGAACUUCACAGUCCCUGUUUGCUAGAGGAAAACAAAGUCCUUGUAGAUUUGGCAAUACCAAAACCAGUGUCAAAAUCUCCAGAAAGAUUGAGGAAAGAUACGGAAGGAAUAUCAGAAGAUAGUGAUUUUGAAGAAGAUGAUGAAAUCACAAAAAAAAGAAAGGAUGUUAAAAAAGACACCACCGAUAAAUCUUUAAAGCCACAAAUAAAGCGUGGUAAGAGAAGGCAUUGUAAUAUGGAGGAAUGUUCACAAACUGGGUCUCCAGGCAAGAAGGAGGAGAGAUCCAAGAGCAAAGAACCACUGUGUGGAGACAACAGCAGCAACAGCUCCUCGGAUGAGGACGAGGAGGAGCCAUCGAAAGCAAAGACGACUCCCACCAAGAAGUACAAUGGCCUGGAGGAGAAGAGAAAGUCUCUACGGACAACCAGUUUCUAUUCAGGAUUCUCAGAAGUAGCAGAAAAAAGGAUAAAACUUUUAAAUAACUCUGACGAAAGACUUCAGAAUAGCAGGGCUAAAGAUCGCAAAGACGUGUGGUCAAGUAUUCAGGGACAGUGGCCUAAGAAAACGCUGAAGGAGCUUUUCUCCGACUCUGACACUGAGGCUGCAGCUUCUCCACCCCAUCCUGCCCCAGAGGAGGGCCCCGCAGAGGAGUCUCUGCAGCCUGUGGUUGAAGAGGAGAAUUCUUCGCCCGGGGUCGAGCUUGAAACUCCAUUACCAACUGGCAUUGAUAGUAAGCCCACUGAAGAAAAAACUGUAGAGGUGAGCGACAGGAAAGCAGACUUUCCGAGUAGCGGUAGUAACUCAGUGCUCAACACCCCUCCCACUACACCUGAAUCGCCUUCGUCAGUCACUGUGACGGAAGCUAGCCAGCAACAGUCUGUCACAGUGUCAGAGCCUGUGGCUCCAAACCAGGAAGAGAUUCGAAGCAUCAAGAGUGAGACUGACAGCACGGUUGAAGUGGACAGUGUUGUGGGGGAGCUCCAGGACCUCCCAUCGGAAGGGAACAGCUCACCAGCCGGCUUCGACGCCAGUGUGAGCUCCAGCAGUAGCAAUCAGCCAGAACCAGAACAUGUGGAGAAAGCCUGCACAGGUCAGAAAAGAAUGAAAGAUGCUCAGGGAGGAGGAAGUUCAUCAAAAAAGCAGAAAAGAAGCCAUAAAGCCACAGUGGUGAACAACAAAAAGAAGGUGAAAGGCACAAACAGUAGUGACAGUGAAGACCUUUCAGCUGGUGAGAGUGUGACUAAGACUCAGCCUGUCAAGUCAGUGUCCACUGCAAUGAAGCCUCAUAGCACCAAAUCUCCUGCGAGGACGCAGUCUCCAGCAAAGUGUGGGAAGAAUGGGGAUAAAGACCUGGACCUCAAGGAGCCCAACAGCCGGCUGCCCAAAGUGUACAAGUGGAGCUUUCAGAUGUGUUUUAAAUUGACAGCGGACCUGGAAAAUAUGACAAGUGCCGAACGUAUUACAAUUCUUCAAGAAAAACUACAAGAAAUCAGAAAGCAUUAUCUGUCAUUAAAAUCAGAAGUAGCUUCAAUUGACCGGAGGAGAAAGCGUUUGAAGAAGAAAGAGAGAGAAAGUGCUGCUACAUCCUCCUCUUCCUCUUCACCUUCGUCCAGCUCCAUAACAGCUGCUGUGAUGCUCACAUUAGCGGAACCGUCCAUGUCCAGCGCCUCACAGAACGGAAUGUCAGUUGAGUGCAGGUGACAGCAGGACUGGCUAGAGCACUUUGCACUUGAUGGCUGUUGAGGGCCACGUCUUUUGUAUACUGCACAGUGGCACAAAAAAAUCAGACAAGCACUAUUUUAUAUUUAAAAAUUGUUUCUUGACAAGCUGACUUGGCACUUAAGUGCACUUUUUUAUGAAGAAAAAGUACAAUGAACUGCUUUUCCUCAAGCAAUAAUUGUUUCCAACUUGUCUGGGACUUGCGUGUCUGGUAACUUGAAGGCCUUCCACUGUGGCAAAUGGAGGCUUUUCACUGCCUGUAGAGACAAUACAGUAAGCAGAGUGAGGGGGCAGAACAUGUUAAGAUAACUUACUGUAUAUGUAUUCCCUCGUAUUUUGUUAAAGCUGGAACAUUUGAUAUUUUUCCAUUUAUUUAUGAAAAAAUAUGAACCUAUUUUCAUUUGUACAAGCUAAUUGUUUUUUAAAGCAAGUCACCUUAGGGUGGCUUUAAUUGUAUAAGUCAAGCACAUGUAAUAAAUUCAAAACCUGCAGUUAACAGGAUAUUAGACCUCAAUCCUGGUAACCAAAUAUUAAAGAUUCUCUUUAAAAAAGACUGCACAUGUUUACAGGUUUGAAUUAGGCUAAAAGGUCUUCAGUGGCUUUUCAUGCCCCUUCAAUUGGAAAGGAACUACUGUACUUUGCCAUUUUUCUAUAAAUCAGUAUUUUUUUUUAAUUUUGAUAUAAUGCAUUGUGUGAAAAGAAAAUGGCUAAUAAACUGUAUUAAAUCUUAAACAAUGUAUAAAAAUUGUACUUUAGCCAGUUCAAAAUGUAUAUUUAUUCAUAAUGAAUUAUAACAGUUAUAUUUUUGUGUUUUCUUGUAAAUGUUUCUUUUCCCUUAAAUACAGAUAAUUCAUUUGUAUUGCUUAUUUUAUUAUGAGCUUACAACAAAAAGACUUCAGGAACAAGCUGUUAGAAUUGUUCAAGGUUGUUUAUAUGAACUGUCUCACAAAGAUGAAUAUUAUUUUAAAUAUAAAUAGGUAAUUGGGGUAGUAGGCCUAUAAAAUUAAAUGCCUUGUAUAGAACCCAAAACGAACACGAAGUUGCUUUCCACUUUUAUUGACUUUCAGUUGUAUGAUUCUGGUCUGUUCUGUUCGGCACUUGUAUUUAAUUCUUCACCUUUGUAAGACAUGUGUAUAUUGCGGAUGUGUUCACUGAAGCUAUUUAAUACCUGGCACUGUUAAUACACAGUACUUUAUUGUACAGACUGUUUGAAUUGUAGUUCUGUGUGUUUUUUUUUUUUUUUUUUUUUUGGUUGAAUGGGGCUGGCAUAUUUUGUUUCCUGGCAGUACGACAUGAGACUCUGGAGCAUGUCCUUGUAGAUGCCAACAUGUCAGAACCCUCACCUCAGUCCUUCACGUUCAACUUCCCUACGAAAAGCAUCUCCAGUCUUGUAGUGUGUGCUUUCGGUAAUUUUGUUGAAAAUGGUUUCAAGUUAUUCAGAUUUGUACAGGACUGUAAAGAUUUGUUCACAGCAAAAUGUUGAAGAAAAAGCUUAUAGAAUAAAACUAUACAGUAUAUAUUAGGAUCUGCAAACAUGAAGAAUUAUGUAAUAUAUUGUACAAAUGUAAGCAAAGGCUCUGAAAUAAAAUGCCAUAGUUUGUGAA